AUGACAUGUGAGUACGGAAAUCUCACGUACAGGUUGUCUCAGCUCCUGACGGAUCACGGCUGUUUUAGCGUUUAUUUGUGUCGCAUAAGGAAAUACUUCUCGGAGGGUUGCGAACACUGUGAGUUCGGUAGAGACGACGCGUCGCAUACACUAGCCAGGUGCGAGGCCUGGUCUUUUCUUCGCGAACUCUGUAAAAUAGUCGGCAGGACUCUCACCGACGAUUCGGUGAUCCCUAUAAUGUUAUCAAGAGAAGAGAAUUGGGAGCUUGUGGCUUCCUUCGCGGAAGAGGUGAUGCUGAAGGAAGAGUCUGAGAGAGCCAGACAGGCCAUUUCUUCGCCUGGAUAG